AAUAUAUAUAUUUAAACGUGGUAAAUUCAUUGUUUUCAAAACAAGUAGAACCGGAAUUGUGCUUUUAUUUUGCCACCCACACUUCCUGUCAAGCCCAAGGAGUCUCAGACGAGGAAGUCAAUGACGCUGUCAUCUCCCUAAUCAGCCAUGAAGCUGAUGAGGCUGCACUGUGUGGUGGAUCCCAUGGGCUGGCUGUGCAUCAGCCUGGUGUUCGGCGUCUGGCUCUACAACUCCUUGUUCAUUCCAAAGCUGGUGCUGCUGCCGCACUACAAAGAGGGACACAUUCCCUGGGCUGUGGUUGUCAGUUACUACACUGCUUCCGCAUUUUGCUUCGCCGCACUAGUCAGAGCUUCCACAGCGGAUCCUGGACGCCUUCCCGUUAACCCGCAUAUACCUCACUCAGAGCGACAGCACUGGGAAUUAUGCAGCAAGUGCAACCUGAUGAGGCCCAGGAGGUCACAUCAUUGCAGUCGCUGUGGCCACUGCGUGCGCCGGAUGGACCACCACUGCCCCUGGAUCAAUAACUGUGUGGGGGAAGACAAUCACUGGCUCUUUCUGCAGCUCUGCUUCUACACCAUGGUGCUCAGUUUCUUCACUCUGGUGCUGGACUUCUGCCAGUACUACUACUUCCAGCCUCUCACUCAACUAGACCAGGAGAGUUUUACAACGCAGCAUGAACUGGCUCUACUGCGACUUUCAGCGCUCAUGGGUGUGGUCAUGUUCGGUGGCAUGUCAGCCUUGUUUUAUUCUCAGCUGGCAGGAAUCUUGUCGGACACCACCACCUUAGAGCAAAUGGCCCUCUCAUCAAGUGAAAUCGACAGUCAGAGGAAACCGUGGCAGCUGGCCCUGGCCGAGGCGUGUGGCACCCACUGGAAAGCGCUGUGGUUCGUCCCGCUCCGAAGCAGACGGGCGCUCAAACAAGUUAGCAGCAGCCUGUUUCGAACACACGUGUAGCCUACCUGCACACAUGGUAGGUGAGGAUUACAACCACAAUAGCCGCACAAAGACUCUGGGAACAGUACGGUAACAUCACAUGUACUCCAAAUGGUAUGUUCAGUUUUAUCGGCACAGAGGAGUACGUGAUUCCCACACAGCACACGUGUAGAGAUGGGCAACGGGGCAACAGCUGGAACUAUUGAUGCUGCCCUUCAGACCAGAAGAAACUGUCAUUUACUCAAAAUAGAACAAAAAUACACAUUGUUGAAACUAUUACUGUGGCAAUUGCCCAAAAAGAAAUGCUGUUAUGUAGGGGCGUCCAAAGCGCGGUGCGGGGGACAUUUUUGGCUUUUCUGUUAUUGGCCAUUUGUUUGUUUAAAAAAAAAAAAAAUAUAUAUAUAUAUAUAUAUAUAUUAUUAAUGACACAUAUCAUUGGAUAUCACACUGAUUUGUUUUGUCACCUAUACCACAAAGCUAAGAUGUUUUGUUCAGAUAGGUUAGCAUGUAUUGACCAAAGUGCUCCCCCCUCAUCUGGAAAAUGUAUCUUCAUUUAAUUUAUUAAUUGGCAAAUGUUAUUCAUAGGAGAAUUUCCUGUUUCAAGUCUUUUAAAGGGGACCUAUUGUGAUUCUGAUCUACAUUUAACACACCUAUUUGUGGCCUAAACCAGGGAUUCUCAAACUUUGGUACGUACGUGGGCUCCAUCUCGCUUAACGCCAAAAAAUCACUAAAUUAAAUAUUGUAAUGAGGUGACUCGAGCCGUUAUCUAAGGUUAAUCAGUCUUCAAUGGAAGUUUCUACAAUUGGGCCAUAGUUGACGCCAAAAUAAGCAAUUAAGUCACAGAGGGAACCAUCCAACUCUGUCUGUGGGAAUGGUAUACUUGUUAAGUAAAACCGCUGCCUUGUUUUUAAUGAAUACUUAAGCUUUGGCAUUGUUAACACUCGUAUUCAACAUUGUACUACAGCUAUCCAUUUUCUACCGCUUGUUCUAUCCCAGCUGCAUUCAUUUAUAUCAUAAUAGGUCCUCUUUAAAGUUGUUCAUCCAAAAGAUCCGUUGUUUUGCAAUUGGCUCCCUUACAGUAUUCAAAAUGAACCAAAUCGUGACCUUAAAACCGAGGCAUGUUCCGAAUCAUGAAUAUGGUACUGUUACACACCCUGGUCAAAAAACAACACUUUUACUUGUGUUGCUUUAACUCACUGUGAAUGAAAAGGCACUUUUUCUGUGUUUAAAUAGAUGCUAGUUGCAACCCUAAAGCAAAAGGUAACCCUCUCAGAUUCAUUUAUUAGAAGGAGCUUUUCUGUUUGUCACUUCUUGAUUAGGCUCAAUCAAAUGAAGAAAAAAAAGCCUUUUGGUGCCUUGUUUUUUUGUAUGUUUUUUGUUUAAUUUUCUCUUUUGGAAAAGUGGAAUUACAUGCAGGAUUUUUCCUAUGUCUUUUACAGCUCACUUGAAAUGGAAAAAAAACAAAUAUAAACGGGCCAAAGCUUUCAGCUAGUUUGCUUAGUUUAGCCAGGAAAACAAACAAGGAGCUCGCUAGCAGUCUGGCUAUGCUAAAUAAAAACCCUCUCCCCUAGCAAACAAAACUUUCCCAUUUAAUUAAUUGGCCCAAACUUCGAAAGCACUCUUUUUUUAAAACUACAUUUUACACACAGGUUUGGUUUUCACUGCCAAACUAAGCUGCUGCUUUAACAUUUUUUCCCCAACAUUUAAGAAAACAAAUUGCCCGAAAUGUUUAUCUAUUUUCGUUAUGGCUUUCAUCUCUUCUGUAAAUGUCACAUUUUGAUUUUUAGAUAGUUUUAGUGGGUCUUCAAUAGCAUAUGUAAGGCGCAAAAUAUACUUGUGGUUUUGUGCCUGGUAAGUUGCACUACUAUUCUAAUCAAACUUCCUUUUGUUGGCCAAAGAAUUCUUGCAAUAGUUAAAAAGGUAUACGUGUAUAUACCUUUUCAAAUACAUACAGUAUAUGUAUUGAUGUAUAUAUAUUGUCUACUGUACUGUUACUGGACACACAUUUACUUGAAUUUACUUUUUUGUAUUACAUUUUUUGUUAUAUUAAAAAAAAAUGAUUUAAUGUUUAUAUUUUGUAUUUAACAGUUGUGGUGUAAUGAUGUGAUUGGGUUUUAAACUAUAUAUUUUUUUACUAUUACAUUUUGAUUUAUCUUGCAACUUCUUUAUCUCUGUUGUAAUUUGAACACCUCGGGCUAUUAAUAAUGCACCACGGUGUUGAUUUUUGAUCACAUUUAGGAAUAUAUUUAUGUGACUUUUGCUGGAUUUUCACCUGGAAACAUCGAGCACUCCGUUUUGUAAAAGCAAGUUGAUUAUAUGCAAAUAUAUUGAUUUUUGUAUGUGUGGCAUAUUGCAAAGUGUCUUUUUAAUCCCAUACUUUGUUAGACUAAGAAUAAAAAUUAUGUCACACA